AUGGCUAUUGCUACGACCCCUAACCCUUCGGGCCCUGUCCCGCCAGCAUCGUUCGACGUCACCUUCCCGGACCCCUCCAACUACUGGGUUGCAUGUGGCUGGAACAAUCUCACUUGGAAGAGCCUCACACCUCAAUCCCCUCCCUCUGCCUCCAACGUGGUGACUAUCAUGCUCACCAACUCGAAUAAGACUUUGCUCAACGACGACUUUGAGAUCGGCAACGCUCUUCAGGGUUCUCUCAACGCUGCUAUGGUUUACGUCCCUUGUAUUGCUCCCGCUUCCGGCUAUUCGCUGCUUUUUGUUAACUCGACCGACUAUGAUCACAAAGAGAACAAAGUAUUGUACAAGUCUCCUCAAUUCGUCAUCAAGCCUAAAGGCUCCGCUCCCGAUCCGGCCUCCGGUCAGACAGCUAUUCCUAGCCAGAUUCAGCCUUACCUUCAGACUCCAGGAAUUGUGCUGCCGCAGAACAAGACUGAUGGGGCCACCAACACAACUGCCAGCGGAAACAACACUAGCAGCGAUGCCUUGCCAAAGCUGGAUGCCUCUGGUUCUGGGUUUGGCAGCUUUACUCCUACUCAGCAUACCAACGGUGCAGCCCAGGCAGGCGUGUGGGGCGACUUCCUGUUCAUCUUGGUCAUCGCCGCGUUUACAGCUUUGGUUGUCAUUUCGUAG